AUGACCGACAAACCGCAAAAACCUUUUAUCCCACUAAAUAUUGCUGUGUUGACCGUGUCCGACACGCGCACCCUUGACGAAGACACCUCAGGCAAAUACCUUGCCGACAGUAUCAUCGAAGCAGGGCAUAACGUGGCGGAACGCGCCUUGAGCACUGACGACAUCUACCAAAUCCGUGCGAUGGUCAGCAAAUGGAUCGCCGACCCAACGGUUCAUGCGGUCAUUACUACAGGCGGCACGGGUUUUUAUAUCCGUGAUAGUAUGCCAGAAGCAGUAUCGCCAUUAUUCGACAAAGAAGUGCAAGGCUUUGGCGAAAUGUUCAGAGCGUUAUCGCGUGAUGAAAUCGGCAUGUCCACGCUACAAUCUCGUGCCGUGGCCGGUAUGGCGAACAGUACAGCGAUUUUUUGCUUACCAGGUUCGACAGGGGCGUGUCGCACAGGUUGGACAGGGAUUUUAAAAGACCAACUCGACAACCGCACUCGUCCGUGUAAUUUUGUGCCACAUUUGAUGCGUGUUAAUCCUACCCAUGAUUGA